AUUUCGAUACAAGCCCGUUCGUGGUAUCAAUUUCGAUGAUUCGCUUACUAGCUGGGUUUUGCGUUUAACGAGAACGAGCCGACGUUACAUCGUGGUUAUCUUAUCGAAAUGCAAUCUUACUGGUUAUGUAAUGUGAUAAUACACACUUAACCCAUGUUAAACUAUUAUUGUAUAGUGCCUAGAAACUCUCGGUCGCAAAAUUGAAAUUUUUCUUCGGAAGAUAUCAAGCCGAGGCAAAAUGGGACAGAGUUGUUGUACUAGCGAUGAUUCCAACGAACACCUUCCAUACCAGCCACAAGACACGAUAAUUUACAUAGAUGGGCGUGAAGGUAAAUCAGGAGAUUUUCAUUUUACAUUUUAAACCAGAAGCGUGAAAAAAUUUUUACAUACCUGUGUCCUAAAAUUUCUAAAGUUGAACUCUCCCUCGGUAUAUUUUAUUUCUGAAGAUCGUUUUAGCUCGUUAAAAUAGCAGUCAAUGGCGAACAUGUGUAUUUCUUCUUUAAGUACGUGAUCUUCGUCUCUUCCCUCACGUGAUGAAGAAAAUGUGCUCUUUUUACCCUGUAUUAGAAGGUACGUGCAUACAUAUAUCCAGGUAUCGUUGAUUUUAAUCGCCCUAGUUUCUGUGGAUCAGAAACAUCGUUGGCAGUAAUCAACUCCGACCACUUCCAGCAGUGCGUCAAAUUAGCUGCCAACUUGAUUUCCAAGGAGCUAAAACUAGGAGGGUCAGAAUCAACUGCACCCAGAUGUGUAUGUAUAUAUAUUACAUAAGUAUGCAUACAUACACGUAAAUUCAAACGUGUGACGGAUUCUAAAGAUAAGAUAAGGGUUUUCCCUGUAGAUGCGGGGCGAGUCGAGUGUCUCAUUCUGAUAAAAAAUUAGUCUGCCUGGUGCGAUUGAGCAUUACGGAAGUGCGUUUUAUUGAACAAGAGAGAAAUUUGUCACAAUGCCAGCCUACAGAUGGGUCAGCCGUUCUGGAGGACGUCCUUUGCCCGAAAACGCUAUCCGGGGAGGAAGAGAUAAAGAUGGAAGCGAGAUUUACGUAGGGCGGGCCUUUCACGAGGGUGACAUGAUUCCUGCAAAAGUAAUACCCGACAAAGGGAUAGCCUAUGUCUGUUGGAACGGCCAGGAGCAUCCUAAGGACGAAUACGAGGUACUGUGCCAAGGCGAGUUUGCUUGGGAAUUCUGCAGUGCCGGAUCUAUUCCUCCGGACGGUGUCGUCGCGGGACAAACUGCCGACGGCGAGCCUCUCUACGUCGGACGCGUCCUUCACAAUGGAUCUCAGACCAUCGGCAAGGUCCAAGCGAGCCACGGCUGUCUCUACAUCCCCUUCGACGGCGAAGAGCUUUCAUUUACGGACUACGAAGUCUUGGUCCUCCACUAACAUCGGUCGGAAGGAAUUACAAUUACGUUACUCGAAAUUGUUUUCUACAUUCGUUAAUUGCGCGUAUUCUAUGAAUAUUAGUUAAAAUUCUCCUGUCAAUCAUCACGAUUACGUACAUUAAACCUUUGUCAGCCAAGUUGUAAACAACUUGUAAAUACCAAUUCAACGAUGUAUCAAA